AGUGGAGAUUGUGUUCAGGAAGUUAAGUAACAUUUUCUGAUAGGUCCAAACCUGGUGAGGAAAGUUCCGUCUCUGAAUAUUUCAAAGUGUACUUGCUGUGCUGACAAGAGGAGCAGACGGGAAACAGCAUGGGAAGAAAGAUUAUUUUGCUCCUGUUGGUGGGCAUUUUCACGGCAUAUUAUGUUUAUACACCUCUCCCAGAUAAUAUUGAGGAGCCAUGGAAAAUAAUUGGGUUCACCCUCAUAUUUAAAACUUUAACAAAUGUGGCCCUGGUUGGUGAACUCCUGGGAAUCAACCAUUUCAUGAGCACUGUAGUGUUUUUCAUGAGCUUUCAAGAUGUCCCACCCACAUCUGAUGAAACUGUUACUGUGUUGGACACAACUUUCAGCAAUGUUCCUGUCCGAGUAUACAUACCAAAGCGCAAGUCAGAGGCGCUAAGAAGGGGCUUAUUUUAUAUUCAUGGAGGCGGUUGGUGUUUGGGAAGUGCUACUUCUUAUUCUUAUGAUACAUUGUCAAGACGAACAGCUGAUAGACUUGAUGCUGUUGUCAUUUCAACCAACUAUAGACUAGCACCUAAAUACCACUUUCCAAAUCAAUUUGAAGAUGUGUAUAAUGCAUUAAAGUGGUUCUUACGCCAAGAUAUUCUUAAAGGCUAUGGUGUAGAUCCCAAAAGAAUUGGUAUUUCUGGAGACAGUGCUGGAGGAAAUUUAGCUGCAGCAGUGACUCAACAGCUCAUAGAUGAUCCAGAUGUCAAGAUCAAACUCAAGAUCCAGUCUUUAAUUUAUCCUGCCCUUCAGUCUCUUGAUAUGGAUUUACCAUCUUAUCGGGAAAAUGCACAUUUUUCAACUCUGCCCAGAUCACUCAUGGUGAGGUUUUGGAGUGAAUACAUUACCACAGAUAGAUCACUUGAAAAAGCCAUGCUCGUCAAUCAACAUGUACCAGUGGAAUCAAGCUACCUCUUCAAAUUUGUUAAUUGGAGUUCUUUGCUCCCAGAGAAUUUUAAGAAAGGGCACAUCUAUAGCAAUCCAACUCAUGGUCCUUCUGAGCUAGCUAGAAAGUAUUCAGGGUUUCUAGAUGUGAGGGCAGCCCCCUUAUUAGUUGAUGACAACAAGUUGCGUAGCUUACCCUUGACCUAUGUAAUCACUUGUCAAUAUGAUGUUUUAAGAGAUGAUGGAAUCAUGUAUGUCACCCGACUUCGGGAUGCUGGAGUUAGGGUGACCCAUAACCAUGUUGAGGAUGGAUUUCAUGGAAUAGUUACCCUUCCUGGAUUUAAAAUUGGACCAAGAGUAGAAAAUCAGUAUCUGAGUUGGCUAAGUGAAAAUCUAUAGUAAAUAUCUUAGCAGUGGUUUAUAAAAAUAUGUAAGCCUCAAAUAUAAAACAUUAGUGAGAAUCAAAAGGUUAUGUUUAAAUUUCUCUUUAUCACCCAUGACCUUUCUAAGGUCCUCUGAACUAUUGUGAUUUUUUGUUGUUUUGGGAUUUUUUUUGUUUGGUUUUUGUUUGCUUUUUUACUGAGUAGAUUCCCUACUUCUUAUUCUAAGUUUUGUGUACUCACAUCUGUUAUCUUAGAAAAUGUCUACAUUCUUAAAUUUUUUUUCUUGCUACUAAAGUGCCUAAGAGAUCACUGGUAUUAAUUUUGGUAUCCUAGAACAGAAAUAGGCUGACUCAUAUUAAGAAGUGGAUUUUAUAGUAAUAGAUGGCAUUAUAUUGAAACAAAUACUUUGAAAAAAACAGUUGGCACAAAGGUCAUAUUAGUUAGUGCCUUCAAGAUUUUUUCAAGGCACUAAAUCCAUUUCUGGUAUCUUACAAGCCAGAUGUGUUUAUUUAAAACGUUUUCUUAACAAUAAUACUAUUAGACAAUAAAAAAAACUAAGGCUGUAAAAUACAGCUAUAAGAAAUGAGUAAUGUCUGUUUUAAAGAAAAUGCAAUGUUUAUUAAAAAAUAUGUAUGGAAAUAAAAUUGAUAUAAAAACAUUAUUUUGUUUUGAGGGAACAAAUUGGAGGAUUUAUAGAUUGCAAAGCAAUAUAAAGCUACCAGUCAAGAUAGUAUGGCAUUUCAAUACAGAUAAGCAAAUAGAUAAUACAAUAGAAUCUAGAAACCAAUUCAUAUAUUUAGAGUCAAUUGUUGAGAUAAGAUUGCCAAUAUAAUCCCAUUCCAAAAGUAUUAUAUAUAUUUUAAAUGGUGAUUAAACAUUUGAGUAUUCAUAUAAAAUACCCUUAACCCUGAUCUUGACUUACUUCACAUUAUAGAAAAAAAAUUAACUCAAAAUGACUUAUUGAUCUAAACAUAAAAACCUAAAUUUUAAAACUUCUAUAAAUUUUACUUUUUUAGAUAGGACUACAUUUUACUUGAAUUGUUGCAUUAUAUAAGCUAUCAUUAUAUUGUAGUGUCAGUUGUGUGGACUAUUUCCAAUAUUACACAAAAAACACAAUCUACGCACUGUCAACAGGCUGACUUAGUGAAAAUGAUUUCUUGAACACUGAUGUAGCACUGUAAUGUGCGUAGUUGAAUAUUUCAUGAAGAAAGCAGGAGCUUUGCAGUAUUUUUGUAAAUCUUAAUUGGAAAUUACAUUGAAAUAGUUAAUCAUUUUAUUUACAAUUCAGUCCUUUUUUUAGUUUGAAAAAAAUAAGUUGAACACAUUUUAAUGCCUAAAAUGAAUGUAUAAGACUAAUGCAGUCAAGCAGAGAUGCAUAAGCUAGUGCAGUUCCUGAAAUAGCUACAAAAAGAUAAGACUGGAAGAAAGUGUAUUUAAAACUUUAUAGCAAGUGGCAGCUGAGAUUUUUCUGUAGCAGAGAAAAACAAUACGCUACUUGUCUGUUGUAUAAAACAAAUUGUGAAAAUAAUAAAGUGGAUAACAUGAAUAGACAUAGUAGCUUAUGCAUAAUUUAUAAAUUAUUUUUAAUGUGAUCUGAGUUUAUAACUUUGUCCAAUUAGAGUUUGGAUUCUGACACAAAAAAAGAAAAUUAUUUUUAGAUAAAAAGGUCGUAAUAGAUAGUGAUAAAACUACAUAUACACAUAAAUAUAUAUGUAGUUUUACAUAGGGCAUAUAUAUUAUGGUGUUUGUUAGAAAAUGAUGAAAUAAAGGCUAAAAUAAUUGUUCAGAAAAGUGAAAUAUUUUAAAUAUUUGUAGGAUUUAAAACAAUUAUAUGUAGGAUACAAAUAAUCAUAUGUAGGAUGCAAAAUAUUUGUAAUAAUACCAAAGAUCAGUAAAUUAAAAAUUUGGAAAAGCGCCAACCCUUUUAGUUUUAGAUAACUUGUGUGAUAUGAGAUCUAUCAAUUAAUACUCUGGGUAUGUUUUUUCUAAAAAAUACUCCAAGUUCAUGGGCACACACACACAC